AUGUAUUCAUUUUUCACUUUUAGAUUUAAAAUUAAAAUACGUCUUUGUACUCUAGAUCCACGAAUAACCAAUAUUUCAUUUGAUAAUUUUACUGGAUCGAUUUGUAUUAUUACUCCAAUAACAGGUGAUGACGAUAUGAAAGAAUUAAUGGUAUCGUCAUCUCAAACACAUGUCGAUGAUGAUCUCUUUACACCUAAUGAUCAUUUAGCAUUAAUUACACAGCCUAUAUUAGGUGCAAGAUCAAGAAAAAAAGAUAAAAUUGACUCAAAAAUAAAUAGUCAUCGAAGUUUAUAUAACGAUUCACCAUCAUUAAUUUUACCAAUUAAUCAAAUGAAAAAAUUUCCAUAUGAAAAUAAAACUAAUCAUCAUGAAUCAUCUGAUUCUGGUCUUGAUCUUUCUUUUUCAACAAAUUCAUCUACUCAAUAUUUUCAACAACAAUAUACAACCAGAGAUCAACCAUUAAGUGCAUUAAAUGAAGAUUCAAAUAUCGAUGAUACUUUUUAUGAUCAACCUAUUCAAUAUUCAUUUGUUAAUUUAGAACGUAAUCGGUCUGAAGAAAAUAUUAUUAAUCAAAGUAUAUAUGAACAAGAACAUCGUUCAAAUUUAUUUUCUGAUAAACAAAACAAAAUGAGUAAAAAUUAUGAUGAUAGUUUUCAUUUUGAUACAUUAAAAGAAUUUCAUCAACAGACAAAUAUAAAUAAAAUUGAGUGUAUUAAUCCUUCUAGUCAACAAUAUCAAUCAUUAAAUGAUUUGACUAAUAAAUCUCUACGAACGACAAAAACAAUUAUUCAACAAACAACUAUACCAACAUUAAAAAAAUUAACAAAUGAAAGAAAAUUAAAUAUUAUUGUUAAAUCCUCGACACCAUUAUCAACAUCAUUUAUUCCUUUUAAUGAUGAACAAAUUCAUUCGACUAGUAAAACAUCAAAUAAUCAAACAAUAUUUCAUUCAAAUCGAUUAAUUAAUCAACAAAUAAAACCAAAAGCAACAAUAUCACUUAGUCAAUAUCCAAAUCAAGAACAAAUAAGAGAACAUAUCAAUAGAUCAGUUAUUGAAAGACAACAUCGAUCGUAUUUAUCAAUACCACAACGAAAAGAUAUCAUACAACAAACAAUACUAUUAAAUGCUUCACCAUCAAAACUUAAUAAUCAUUUAUUCAGAAAAGAAAAACAAUCGACUACAAGUUUGUAUCCUAGUAAAAAUCUUUAUUUAUUAUUUUUAUAA